AGCAAAUCAUCGCAAUUUUCAAGUUUGAAAAUUAAACGGUAGCGGUCAUUCGACGGAAUACGAAGUUUUGAGCGCCGUGAUUAAAUUUUCGUUCGAAACCCUGUUCUUAUUUCCUGUUUGGAAACGUUUUUUGUGCUGUGUUUAGGAUGUGGUCCAAAUUUGAGUUGACUCGUGAUGAAGACGAAACUUUGAAUAGUGCAUUCUGCACUAACGGAUUGUUCCGGAUUUCUAGCGAGAACAAGGUUACCAAGAACCCUCGGGUAACCGGUAUACUGCAGAAUGGGAAGCUGAUCAUUUCGAUCGACAAAGCCCUGGUGCUGUUCCAGAACGAAAACCACUGUAACGAUGGAAUCUUCCUGGAUGCUUCCCACGACAUCGAGUGCCUUGUAGCUUCGGAAAGCGGUGAUGUGGUGGUGUGUGCGCUGUCCAACGGGACCGUCACCGGAUUCCACAUUCAGGGCAUAAAUUUGUUCACCCUAUCGAUCCAUCCGGAUGACUACAAUCAAGGGCAAACGUUCGCAGAGUUUCGCCAGAUCAAUGGAACGUACUUUCUGCAGUGCCACCGGGGUCCGGUGUACCAGAUCAUAUUUGACGAGGGCAAAAUGAAUGAAACCUUGAGCCAGAUGGAUUCGAGCAACCUAAACAGUAGUAUGAGGUUCGAAGAAUGUAUCGUUAUUGAGCGCAUCUUUGAGAAGCACCUUCGUGAACCAAUUAGCAGCUUUAUCCCCCAAGUGCACUACGACAUUGGACGCGAUUCGACUUAUCCGGUGAUAAUUUCGACUAGCGGAGAGUCGAUCUACUUUCAACGCACUGAGGGAUUUGAAAAGAUUCCUCUGAAACCGGAAUUCAAUGGAAUAAAGAAGGUUUUCAAUCUGAUACAUUGCUUCGUUGCGCUUACUAAUAGCGGACAGCUGCUGGAGAUUUGUCAAAUCACGAAAUUAUCGUCUAUGCUUGCUGUACCUUAUAAAAUCGAUGAUUUCAUUAUCUUGGAAUGCACGUCAGAUGCAAUCGAGCUGCUUCUUUUGACUAAAGCGGAUGUUGACGGUACCAGGUUAAUGAAAAUUGUUGAUUAUCCAACGAUGGAAUGUAAGUAUGAAUUGGACAUGUCCGAGCAUAUUUGGUUGGUGCAACAGCCCAAGAGUUCGGUAAAUAUGUUCUACAUUUCCGGCAACACUCGAAAUCAGACUCAUAUUCAAGAAAUCGAAAUGAAAAUGCUCUCGGAAACGCAACCUUCGCUUCGUUUGGAUAAGUUGGUCCGGCGAGGUCGCCUUGAUGAGGCCGAGGAAUUCGCCAAACAAUUUGAAUUGAGUCUCCAACCAAUUUACCAAGCUCGGGUGCGUUUGAUGCUGACCUGCCUGGCCGCCAGUUUACAAGCUCCACCACAGGUGUUGAAGGAAAUGUUUGACCGGAUUAUGAAUGUGCUAAGAAUGAUUAAGGAUUCGGAAUUCUUUUUAUCUAUUCGGAUGUCGGCAAUCCCCGAGCGCAAUAUGAAGCGGAUUUUCCUGAAAUUUGUUUUGGAACAAAUCAAAAAACCAUCACCAGAAGCAUUGGAAAUCAACGAACAAUUGCUGCGUUUGGAUACAUUGAAACUGAUCGAUCCAUACGAAAUCGAUGCUGACUGGCAAAUAUUCCUGUACCACCAGAACCUAACCCAACAUUGUAUUGAGCUGUUCAAGACCGAUAUGCCGGCGGCCUGCCUCAUCUGGUCCAGGCACAUCUCUUCGAUUAUCUUGCACAUGGAUGCUCUGAAAAUAACAAGCCUUUUGAAAUCGAUACCCGAAGGAACUCCACCGCUUCAACUGAUCCAAUGGCUGAUGCAUUUCGUACCCCCGAUCCUCCAACACCUGCCUCAGAUGAUGCGGAUUUUGACAACGUUCGUGAUCGGUAAAACGAAGUCUUUACAGUUUGCCCCUUUUUGGCCUAAUGUUGGGCUUACUUUCAUCAAUGAUGUUAUCGGUAUCUUCAAGGACAUCAAGUUCCCCAUUAUGGAUAUGCGGCUACAAUAUGAGUCUAACAUGGAACACAUGGAACGUCUGAGAGAUGCUCUCAGGGAUUUGACGCUGUUGAAGGAAAAAUUUAGCCUUAACGCCAACAUCGAAAGUUUUCUACAGGAAACCAGAAAUCAUAGAGCAUUUCGCUUGCUUCAAAUUGUUCAAUUGUCAAAUCUGAAGCGAAUGAUAACCGAAUUUCUGUAUCCAAUGUUUAUUGGGAAGGAGUCCGAAUUUCAGGACACCAUUAUCCAAUAUGUCCAGUUUUUGAUUUCAAACCAAAACAUCAGCUACUGGGAGGAACGUUGCAUUAUAUUGGUUGAUGUGAUCCAUAAUGAAGAUCGCAAGUUGAACUGUAUCUUAGAUAUUUUAAUUGCAUCCCCUGUUCCGUGGUCGGCAGUUAUCACUCCUCUGGUCAAAUACGCCAAUUCAGAUCAUCCCACCGCUGAACAAAUUCUUAUUGAACAGCGCAAUCAAGUGGUUAAGAUUAUUAAAGUCAAGUAUGGCUGGCCGGCAAAGAACCAAGAGUCAUUACGCAUGUUAGCCAAUCGAGUGCUAAAGGUACGAAACCCGGAUAUGCUAAAUGACAUCAAACAACUUACGGAUUCGACCCCGGAGAUAGCAUACUCUGUGGAUCUGAAUGUAAUGUUAAGGCUGGCGGAGUACGGAGAAUAUGUGCAAGCUAUCCGCUACGUAGAUGGGCUACCCGAUCAGCGAAAGUUGGACUGUUGUCGUUCAGUUUUGGAGAUUAUUUUGCAAAUGCUCGACGGAGGCCCCAAAGACGAUGAGUUCAUAGAAAAUUACACAGAGUUGCUAAAAUUGCUUAAGCCACGUUGUUCGGUGGUUGGGCAGUUUGAAAUUCAAGAAAUGCUCAAUAUUAUGAGUUUGCGCAAAGAAUUCCAACUCGAUGUUUCUCGUGAUCAACUUUCGAAUGAUGCAGAUCGACUCCUUUUACUCGAUGAAGGAAUCAACAAUCUGUUGUUCAGAAUUAAAGAUGACCAAACGAAAUUUGUCGCAACACUCUUGGGAGGAUUGCAACGGCUAACGCAGGCGUUGAUGUUCGAUCUACUAGACGGACUUUACGAAGUACUUAAGCUUAUCGGCAAUGUUCACGUGAGCUGUACUGUGUUGGCUAAGGUAAUAGAAAUGAUGGAUUUAAAUGGCGAAACCCACGACAACAUAUUGCGGCUUGUUGCGUUACUAUUAGUUCAACAAAUGAGAUAUUUUGAUGACACCAACACAAGUUGGGAACAAGAUCCACUAGCAUAUCCUCUGGCGGAACGAAUGCUUCGCAUUUGCCACAAUGAAUCAACUUUUAAUGUUAUCGCAAAAUUGGAAUUGUUACGUUGGGUACAAGUUGGAAGCCACUACUACGAUGUUGACGUAUUGAAAGAAUACAGCAAACGCUGCACAAUUCCUGAUAGAGUUUUCAAAAGCAUGAACGAAACAAUGGCGGGUAAGGCCUUGUCAACGAGAACAAGUUUCAAACGAGACUCCCUAUCGACGUUUGACGUUGUCCACUCUAAUGAUGACGCCAUGGAAGCUACGAAAAAUUUAGAUGAUCAGGAGACCAUCAUCAAAUGUUUGGGACUAGCUCUACAGGUAGUAAUCGGAAGCUUUUUCACGGAUUACAUGGAGCCGCCACACAGAUAUAUUCACGAAUUGAUUGCUCCCAUCAAUGUAGAAUCCCUGAAAAUUGAGUUCCAAUCAACACUGGAAACACUGGUGAAGCAUAAGAAAUAUCCGGCAGCAGUUACUUUGGUACAGCUAGUACUAUCCUAUCAGGAGGAAACCGCCGUUAUUAUAUCGGAAGAGUUUGUAGAAAGCUUAAGAUUAAAAUCGCUCAAAUUCUUCUUAUCGCAGAAAGAACCGGAUUACAAUAUGGCCGUAUUCGUGCUGUUCCAAUGCUCUUCCCACGACAAGUGCUUGGAGUAUCUACGGCUCAACAUGACGAACGAAUCGCAACGAGCAGCUUUCCACACCCUGCUAGAGUUUUACUAUAUCAACAUAGGCGAAAUGGAACGAGCCGUGGAAGAGCGGGGUCACCGAAUGAGGUUCAGCUUUUUCUAUGAGUUGUGUAAACUGGAUCCUACGCUUAAGGCUAAAAAAUCUCUUCCCUUCCACAAUAUAACUGACUUGACGAAGGAGAUGAAGAGCAGAGUUUUGAGUGUCGAAUUGUUGCGGAAGAUGAGCGAAAACUUCUCCUGGGAUUAUCAGCAGGUGCUGAUCUCGCAAGUAAUUACUAUACUCAGCAUGCACGAGCUGGAUUUCGACAUUGAAACAAACAACUUUGGUAAAGAAACCGUUACUAUCAAAACGUCAACCGACGACAUCUUAAAGCAGUGUCAACCGUACAUCAACGAGAUCACCAAUCACGUUUUGUUGAGUACAAAAUUGAAGAACUACCUAGAAGAAAUGAACUUUUACUUUUACGAAAUGUAUUUGUGCGUGUUGGAAAUUUUCUCCCAGAUCAACCACCUGGAAGAAGAUAUGAAAAUUUGGAAGCGAAUUCUGGUCUACCUGCGAGAUGGGCUCACAGUGAAGAGAAAUCACCGUGCUGGUCAGAUCGAACUGGACGCUUGGCUUAAACUGCAACCUGAUGGAGGAAUGCUUCCCAAGAUAGCCAAAUACCGUUUACCCUUCCUGUUGCUUAUCAGACACCCACUGAAAAGUUUGUUGAAAGACGAAAUUUCUAUUGACAAUUGCAAGAAAAUAUUAUUGCUAGCUCAGUUGAAAGCUCCGCUGGAAAGUAUGGAUCCUCAAGAACUUCAGGAUUACUUCUGUAAAUCGGCAGUCAUCAAUUCGAUCUCUGAAUAUAAAAUACAAGUUGAGGAGCAAUCCCCUUCGACCACAUGGCAUCUGCAGCCGGUGAAUAAUGCCUUUUUACAAUCGAUUAUUCGCGUGGUUGAAUGUGUGUCGGACCUGUCAUCGAAACUUUUCAUCCUCUAUUAUGUGACUAACAAUGCGCCAGAGGGAGCAGAUCAAGUGGAGGCAGCUUAUGAGUGCUACAAAUUUGCCAUCAAGCAUGAAGGGGAGUUUUCGUCGAAUGCCGACGCAAAAGAUAAAACGGAGAAGAUUAUCCGUAAAUAUCCAAUUUAUAAGACCCAACAUCUGUUACUGCAGUACGGCAUCAAUGACGAUAAGAUUUUCGCUCAAAUUAAAAAUCCUCGGGAACUUAUCAACGCUUUAUACAGUGAAACUUGGCAACAGAAAGUGGAUAUCAAUGGGUUGGUUUGCGAGAUUGCUAAACUCUACCAGUUGGAUAUAGAUGCUAUCCAGGUUAGUUUGAUCCAAAAAUGGUUGUCAAUCUUCGGUUCUAGUAACGACUCCAACGGAAACAUGGAGGAAACUAUCUACGAAGAUCACAACAUGUCGGUGGAAGACUCCGAUUUGGCCACCUCGGCGGACGAGUACGUGGCUAGAGCCCAUUACAUACUCAAAAGUUGGAACAAAGAAAAGAGUGUACAGUUUUUGAUCACUCAACUAUGCAACGGAGACAGUGGCCAAGAUGCCAAGAAGCAGUUGCAAAUUUACGAUUGCUUCAGUAAAUUAAUUGACGAACACUGCAUGUCUUACGUUGAUGUAUUCAACCCCAGCCACUACAUUGUUCUGAAAUGCAUCUACCUAAUGAAAUCACUCGGAUUUAGCAACCUCACCGUUAGUAAAUUCGAGGAAACAGAAAAGAUGGGUUUGCUGAAACGGCUCUGGCAAUCUCAUGCCACCAAUUCAAAAGGAUUGGAAGUUAUUGCGUACAUUUGUUUGGGCUUCGAAAUUUACGUACCGCAAAUUUGGAAUGGUGUUCUAAAACAAAUGGCCCGAACAAACAUGAUAAGUCAGCUGACCAUGCUGUUGGAUAUCGUUUCAGCACGGGAGCAAUUGAGCAACUUGGAAGGCUGCCAAAUGGCAUGGGAAGCGGUUAUCAAAGCUCCAUUCCGUAACGCCAGUCGGGUGCAGUCUUUCGAGGAAAACUCACUUUUGGCCAAAUCGUUGAUUUUGCUUCAGAAAUGUCCAAUUUCUACGUCGCUCAAUCUACAAGACAUCGCCGAAGUUUGCAUCAACGCUAAUCGUGUUAACAUGGCAGCUAUCUUGGUAGCAUUCGCCGAAGGUAGUCAGAAGGAAAAAUUGAAAAAGCUUGUACUCAACAACCAGGAAUCAAACUUGAAAAUACAAAUUAUGGAAUUGGAAGAAUUCGGAAUUCCUUCCGUGGUAAUACGCGCUGUGUUCAGUGAGUUGAAUCUGAUAAAGUAGUGUUUUUCAGCAAAUAUAUAAUACCGAUAAUCAA